UUCGAGCAACCAAACAAGGCCUUGAGGAAAUGAGUUGCUCUUAUCCACAAUCCUUCUCUCAAAUUCUCAUUCUUACCCUGUAGUGUGCAUUACCUUUUAAAAUGGCGACUCAGUUCUCUUCAAAACCAUCUUUCAAAACUCUCCUCUCACUUCCAGGUUCAUUUUGUAGCGUGCCACACUGUGUUAAAAAUCAUUCCAACUGUGCCAGUUUGCGUUUCUGGAACUCGUCUUCUAGCUACGCCGGCUCCGCCAAACUUUCCAGCAAACAGAUCGUUGUCAAACACUUGGUGCAAAAGAGAAGAGGUUUUGUGAGGUGUGCAACUAUUGAAGAGAUUGAAGCUGAGAAGUCAUCUAUUGAGAAAGAUGCUAAAGCAAGGAUGGAAAAGACGAUCGAAACAGUUCGAACCAAUUUUAAUUCCAUAAGGACUGGCAGAGCUAAUCCAUCAAUGCUUGAUAAGAUUGAGGUGGAAUACUACGGAACUCCAGUCAGCUUGAAGAGCAUAGCUCAAAUCAGUACUCCUGAUGCAAGUUCUCUACUGGUCCAGCCAUACGACAAAUCCAGCCUAAAGUCUAUAGAGAAAGCCAUUGUCAGCUCUGAUCUCGGUUUGACUCCAAAUAAUGAUGGAGAAGUCAUACGAUUAUCCAUUCCUCAAUUGACAUCAGAAAGAAGGAAGGAGAUGUCGAAAAUGGUUGCUAAACUGGCUGAAGAGGGGAAGGUGGCAUUAAGGAAUAUCAGAAGAGAUGCUUUGAAAGCCUAUGAAAAACUUGAGAAGGAAAAGAAGCUUUCAGAGGACAAUGUGAAGGACUUGUCUGGUGAUUUGCAGAAACUGAUAGAUGAAUAUAUGAAGAAGAUUGACACCAUCUUCAAACAAAAGGAAAAGGAAUUGCUGAAGGUUUGACGACUGAUGGAUUACAGACGUAAAUGAGUGAGCCUCUGCUUGAAGUCUUCUUUUGAGCUUAACUUGUGAUGAAGACUUUUCUACAACUGUCCAUAGGCACUUCGGAAAUUAAUUGGAUAUGAAUGGUCGUUAUGUUGUCAAAUGAAAGAUGAGAUGCAGUCUUUUACUUCUUUUUUUUUGAAAAAACAGAAAAGAAAAGAAGAAAACCAUUUUGUAAGUCAUUGUAUAGCAAUUUUCAAAAUUCUCCUUCCUUCAUUGUCUCCACUCAGGAAUUCCUCCAAAUAGCGUCUACAAGAAAAUAUUGUCCUUGUCGACAUUCUAAUGGUGAGGAAUGUUAGCCCUGUUAUUUUUUUUCCAA